AUGGCACCGAAGGCAGAGAAGAAGCCGGCCGAGAAGAAGCCCGCCGCCGAGAAAGCUCCGGCGGAGAAGAAGCCAAAGGCGGGGAAAAAGCUCCCAAAGGAGGGCGCGGCUGCCGCCGGAGACAAAAAGAAGAAGCGCACGAAGAAGAGUGUAGAAACUUACAAGAUCUACAUCUUCAAGGUGCUGAAGCAGGUUCAUCCUGACAUCGGGAUCUCGAGCAAGGCUAUGGGGAUUAUGAACAGCUUUAUCAAUGAUAUUUUUGAGAAAUUGGCUCAGGAGGCGUCUAGGCUUGCAAGGUACAACAAAAAACCUACGAUUACUUCUCGGGAGAUUCAGACUGCCGUCCGAUUGGUUCUUCCCGGAGAACUGGCAAAACACGCCGUGUCUGAGGGUACAAAGGCUGUUACUAAAUUCACUAGCUCUUGA